AUAACGGAGCAAGAAAGGGGUUGUUGCUGGAAACACAUUGCAGUUCUGUUUCAGUCCGCUAGUUCCCUGACAGAGCUUCAUAUCACAGAGCUGCAUCAGGAGCCCGUGAACGCCACUCAAGGACUUUCACUUUAUCGAGAUGCUGGAUAUUAUUUGUCCUCAUACGAAACACUUGGAAAUAUUUCAGAGGUUCAAGGGCUUCAGUUAGUUUUUAAUUGUUUGGAUCCCACCUGUUUGAGCAAGUUUUCCCCCUCACAGUUCUUCUGUUAUAAUAUUACUCCUGGGAUUUAAAAAUGGAAACUGGAGAUGCUCAUCUAAACGAGAGACCAGCGAACCAAACGAAGCUUGAUGUUUGCUCUACAACUUUGCCUUAACAAUACUGGGAUUAACCGAUUUGGAUAUUUUUGAGGGAUAUACGCAAUGGAAGUGCAAUUUUUAACAGUAUUUUGUAUGCUCGUUUGUUGUGAACUCGCGCGUAGCAAUAACGCGGCAGAUUUAACGGCAAAAACCGUUUCAUCCUAUAAAGUGCGUGAAAUCAUCACAGACAGCCGUGAACGACGUGUAACUUUAAAUAAGAUCAGUUAUGAAACGGGUAAGGAGUCUAAAGAUGUGCUUUCAUCGAGCAGGACUACCAUAAACUUAAUUCCGCAGAAUGGGAGAGACGACACAACUGAGAGAUCAUCUUCCAGGCAAAAGUACGAAAAAAAUUAUACAAUGGACAAAUAUACUAAAACAAAAUCAUUUCUGAAGGAAACAGAAGGCGAAAUUCGCGUUAAAAGGCGUUUUCGUCGACAGGAAAGACGCGAGACGUCGACGCGAAAUGAUCCUGAAAGGAAUCAAACCAUCAAAUCGCCAGAUAAUGAACUUGAGCGCGUGGAGUCAUUGCCAAACCCUUUAGCGCAGAUCCAGCCUACUGACUUUCCCACUGAGAUCACGUCUAUCCCUGAAUGGGGCACCUCACCUGUGGAGGACUAUGAGGAAGUCUUCACCCCGUUCAUUCCCUUUGAUACACGGUCAAAAGCUCCGUGGGUGAAGAACCCGUUUUACCCCGUGACAGGUGAAUCGUACGGUGCAUACGCUGUCCUGUGCAUCUCCAUCCUCAUUUUCACUGUGGGGAUUGUUGGGAAUGUAGUAAUCAUGUGCAUAGUGUGCCACAAUUACUACAUGAGAAGCAUUUCCAACUCCUUGCUGGCCAACCUCGCCCUUUGGGAUUUUGUCAUCCUGUUUUUCUGCUUGCCACUUGUUGUAUUCCAUGAACUCACUAAGGAUUGGCUCCUUGGGGAAUUCUCCUGUAAAAUCAUUCCAUACAUUGAGGUGGCGUCUUUAGGAGUAACUACCUUCACUCUUUGUGCUUUGUGCAUUGACCGUUUCCGCGCCGCGAGCAACGUCCAGAUGUACUACGAGAUGAUCGAGAACUGCACCUCCACUACAGCCAAGCUGACCGUGAUCUGGCUGGGUGCCCUGCUCCUCGCCCUGCCCGAGCUCCUCAUCCGGCAGCUGGUGAAAGAGGAGCGUGAGCCUCCGGAGGUGAUACCUUGCGAACAUUGCGUAGUCCGAAUCUCCACGGCUCUCCCAGACACUCUUUACGUGCUCGGACUCACCUACAACAGCGCACGCCUGUGGUGGUACUUCGGCUGCUACUUCUGCCUGCCAACCCUCUUCACCAUCAUCAGCUCGGUGGUGACCGCGCGCAAAAUCCGCAAGGCUGAGCGCACCAGCGUCCGAAGCAACCGCAAACAGAUCCAACUGGAAAGCCAAAUGAACUGCAUCGUGGUUGCUUUGGCUAUCCUGUACGGCUUUUGUGUCAUACCGGAGAACAUCAGCAACAUCGUAUCAGUGUACAUGGCUUCAGGCGUGCCACGUCGUACACUGGAUAUCCUGCAUCUGGUGAGUCAGAUGAUGUUGUUCUGCAAGUCUGCGGUUACGCCCAUCCUGCUUCUGGUGCUCUGUCGGCCCUUCAGCAAAGCCUUCCUGGAUUGCUGUUGCUGCUGUUUCGAGGAGUGCGGCCCGCCAAAGUCCUCCGAGCCCGACAGUGAUGACAAUGAUCAGGACGGCACCACCGAGCUGGAGCUUUCACCCUACAGCACCGUAGUCCACAGGGAUCCAUCUACCUUCCCAAUAGCGGGAACGCAUUGCUAAGGGCUAAACAACACCAAGUGCUUAGAUUUAUUAAAUAAACCAGAUGUUAUUUUCACAGGCUGUGCAAUUUUGUGCAGUUUCUGUUUAUACUCUGCUUUGUUUUGGUAGAGAUGCCCACAAACUGGAUAUUUUACUUUGUGAAAAUAGGGACAAGACGACACAUUUAUCCCAGUACUCUGUGUAGUUUUUUGGAAGUUUGUAGAAAGUCUUGAAGGAUUAUGAAUUAACUCACAGUUAUAUUUGCACAGUUUUCUUACCCCUGUAUCUUUUUUUUUUUUUAAUGUUAAUCUGACGUAUUUGUUUUUGAAAGUGUCUCUGAAGCUUAUGGAAGGUAUUAGAAAAUGGCUGUUCAUAGUAUGUUUUGGUGUUAUGGAAACUGGCGAUUCUUGUGAAUCGGUUUCAUGUUAAGCCUAGCUCCCUUGCUAUGUAAGUAUUGAACUCACUGUAUUUGCUAGAAGAAGAAGUUGUGAUGCUCUUCAGCCACUGGAAAGCACUGAAGAAGCUGAUUAGUCAAGACGUGUCACUUUAAUAAAAAACAACA